AUGGCUGAUGCACUAUGCGGUCCAUCCAACGCUCUUCAAAACGCUCAGAAGCAUGCAUCGGUCGAUAGAACCAUUCAACAGGACCGCUUGAUAUCAAGGCAACCACCGGCACAAGGAUUUCGAUCGCAAAGUCCGCGCGAUGGAAUACUUGAUCCCGAAUUUGCAGCCUUCGAAACAAAUCUUGGUGGACAGCCAAUACCAGAUAUUCGGAGCCCAGCUCACUUUGGCGCACCAGCACAUCUUACAACUUCGGCACAUCCCGCUCCUCACUGGGCCUCGGACUUCCAGAAUUUACAUAUCUCUACUCCCCCGCUAUCGCAGCAACAAACACCGCCCGUUGCGCAAGCUCAGGGAGGAUGGCAUAAUGAAUUUAAAAAUCAAUGGCAGCAUCAGCAGCACCAACAAGUGCCGAUGCAACCUCAACAACCUCAGCAGCGAACGAUAAACCGCGGAUUUCAACCGGGAUAUUCAAUGCACAAUACUUCGAUGAAUAUGUACCAAGCGCCGCUUGAGGCCCCAUCAGGUCAACUUGCAUCGACUGAGCAGUUCGAUGAUGCUGCAUUUGAAGCUGCAUUUGCACAGGCUGGGGCAGAUCUAGAACUACAGGAAUCCAAUACCGCCUCGGCAGUUGCGGCAGUUGCGGCAGUUGAAGAAGCUACUCUUGAUACGCAUCAGGCCGAACCUAUAGAGGCAGUUUCCGAAGACAUUCGAAUUGGGUCAGACCUUAUCCUACCGAUGAAUCAUGACGCAAAUGUUCUUGCGGAGGUGGCUGGUAAACUUCUCGAAAAAGUUAGCCACGAACAAAGCCAAAAAUUUCAACAAAGCAAUUUCCUUGCUUUGAUGCGGCGAAUCCGUGAUCGUGAGAUUGAAGUGGAAGGAGAAGAGUUUCGCGAAACGAAACAGUCUCUUCAUCCUGGUGGAAAAUACUACCCCAGUCGAUCUCCUCCCCUGGAAUCGUCCAAAUCCCCGGGCAUUAAUAGUAUGAAAUCCUCUUAG